AUGGAUGAUCCAAAAACUCCAUUCGAGGUGGAGGCCCAGUACCCGUAUACCUCGGAACAUGAAGACGAUCUCAACUUUGAAAAAGGUACCAAAAUCACCGUACGGUCGGUAGAGGACGAGGAGUGGUAUUUUGGUGACUAUCAGGACCCGCAAGGGAGCUUUAAGGAGGGGCUUUUUCCUAAAGCCUUUGUCGCGGUCAUAGAAAGCGCAAAGAAUGUAGCUGACGCUUCUCAAGCCAAUGCUACUUCAGAUCUUGAAAAACCAACGGACUCAGCAGCAACUGCAGAAGCCAAUGAUGAUAAAAUUCCGCAAUCCAUGACUAACCUAGCCAAGCUGGAAAGCCCAGAGAAGCCAAGUGUUGUUGCUGGGGUAAAUAUUGCACAAGAUGAGCCUGUGGACGCUAGCAGCCCCGUUGCCAAAGAGCCCGCAAUUCCCACUACUUUCAAGCCUGAUCUGUCGAAUCUUACAGAAUUUCAGGCCUCUGAACCUGUGCAAGAGAAACACAAACUAUCUUCUUCCUCCCCAGUUGUGAAGUCUUCUGACGUAGAAUCUGGCGUCGUUGAGCAACCCAAAAUGAGUCUCAAAGAGCGGAUCGCCCUUUUACAAGAACAACAGAGGAUCAACCAAGAGAUGGAACAGGAAAGGCAACAGAAAGUAGCGGAAAAGCAAAGAAAGCACGAGCAUCAUGAGGCAGCUAUAGUGCAAGACAGCAUUGAGCCUACUCCGGAAUCAGAGCUUCCUCGAGAUGAGGAUGAAGGUCCACAAGGCAGCAUUUCUAGAAAGAUCACGGAGCCGGAAAUUAGCCAUGCCCCAAUUCCGAUUCCGGGUUCUAACCCGGAGGUUGAGAACUUGGAUAUUAAGCCAACUGUACCCGGGUUGCAAUCGGACGAGCAAAAUGACGACGAAACUUCACAAAAUGACAAUGGGGACGUUUCUGACCAUAGCGAAGAGGAUGAAGGAAACGCCGAGGAUGACGAAGAGGCUCGACGCGCUGCUUUGAGAGAGCGAAUGGCUAAGCUUUCUGGUGCUGGAAGAAUGGGAAUGCCAAUGUCUUUUAAUCCUUUCGGUAUGCCAGCACAAGCACAGCCCAGUAGAGCAUCAACAAAUGUUGCCAAGAAAAUUGAACAUAAAGAGACGGGUGGGAAUCUCGGUGCUGAUUUGCCACGAGCAAUUCCAGUUUUUCCCUCUGCUGACCCAGCGGCCUUGCAACAGGCUCAGAAAACCUCACCCACGGAGAAUGAACCAUCAGAUGGGAAAGAACCAAUUGAAAGUGAGUCUUUUCCUCAAGAAGACAAGAGUCGUCAAGGAGGAAAAGUGCACAAGCCUUCCCAUGAAUAUUCUAAACUGGUAAAGGCGAACACAUCAAAUGUACCGCUAGACACACCUGGCAUGUUAGCUGAUGCCGAAGACGAGGCGGGGCAAGUUGAGAGUAACUAUUUUGAAAAGGAACCUGAGCAGGCGCCUAACUUCUCCGAUGGGCUAGAGGCACAUUCCACAAAGCGUGAACACCUCUCGCUGCAACACGAACCGACUGUUGCGGUGGAUAGGCCGGAUUCCAGAAAUGAAACAAUCUCAGACUCCACCGGAUAUGAAUCUUCAGCAGAUGAAACGACUGCGGCACUAAACAAAUCGAAAAAUGUCCCAACGUUAUCGAAGCAGACAAUUGAGCAGGCGGCACUGGGAGUGGGGUCACCGGAAGAUUUACUGCCUAAUGAUCAUUUGAGCGAUGAAAGUGUGGACCAUAGACAGCUUUCAACCAAUGUUGAAGAUCAAAAACCUCAGUCAAGUGAUGGAGCAGGAGGUCUUACCGCCCAUCACGAGAAACUAACUGGGGACUCGGUCAAUAAAACAUCUAUCCCUCCUGUCCCAGAUACCACUAGGGCUCCAAAAUCUAAGGCACCGCCCAUUCCUGUCUCAAAACCAGCUCCCCCUCCUCCUCCUUCUGUGCCACCAAUCCCUUCAAUAAAGCCAACGUCUGCUAUGCCACCCGUCCCUCCUCUUCCCACUGCUCCCCCUAUUCCUUCUUCCAUAGCGGGACAAAAGAACAUGAAUUUAUCUGUACCACAGACGUUAAAUCAAACACUAGAUGAGGCCGGCGAGGAAAGUAGCGAGACACGACCUUCCAGCAGCCACGUAAAGGAUGUACAAGCUGAAGACCCUAUUUUGACGUCCUAUCAUACAGCGCCCAAGCUACCUCCUCCACCACCACAGCCCAAGCUAGUCACUGAUAACCUACAGGAUAUAAGCUUUGGACCAAAAUCUCCACCUCCCCCUCCACCACCGGUCUCUAAUCACGGCCUUUCAGCCGCUAUAGGGCACGAAGAUCACGCGGCUAAUCGUCGCGUAUCUGGGGAAAAAGGUCCACCACCUAUACCAACGACAUCGCCAAGUUCGAACUCCACGCACCCGUCACCAGGAAGUCCCUUGGCGAAGGACGUUUCUCACGCUCAGGCGAUCAGAAGGAAAACAUCUUUGAGUGAGCCGGCAUCACAAGCCCCCAAUUAUACGCCACAGGACAGACAGGUGAAGCGAACGCAGACAUUUGAGGUAAACGAUGAAAGAUACAGGCCUACGAUAAAUUUCAAUCACAAGGAUGAGUGGUGGUUGAAGAAGACAAUACCCGCCGGCCUCGUUAGUGAUAACCGUCUGAAGUAUAUUUGGGAAGUUGACGAGACAGUGCUCACAAAAAGAAGAAAUCAGCAAUGGGUAACACGGGACUUCUGGAUCCUUUUUGAAGAUUAUACACAGCUACAUGCUACAGUGGUAUUUGAAGCAUCGAAUGCCCACCAUACAGUCAAGUUUUGGCAAGAGUUUUUACCAAGUCCUUCCUCGGACCACAAGUUUGAUGAAUAUGCAUCGAAGAUAGGCUACAAAAUCUUUGAAAUGGCCAACCAGUCUAUAAACCGGACGUCGCAGGACUUUGUUUUUCAUCUCAUUGAGGGCAUGCCAGAAACGGUAUUACCACCAAUUGCUUCAAGAACCUAUGGUGUUCCCUUGCUCACUUAUUCGCCAGAUGGUAACUUUGUUGAAGAGGAACUGAAGUCAGUGAGGCCCGGCGACAUAUUGGUUGUUAGGAAAGGAAAGUUCCAGUCUCAUGGAAAACUACUUCCGAAAACCACUCACGAACUUGGAAUGGACGCAGUACCAUAUGCGGCUGUCAUUACGGAAUACGAUUUUUCCAAGAAUAAAUUUAGAGUCAUUGAAGAACAACACGGUAAAACCAGACAAGCUAGUUAUCGUCUACCUGAUAUGAAAAGCGGGAAGCUGAAAGUCUUCAGAGCAGUGGACAGAAGUUAUGUUGGGUGGUAG